AUGCGGUGCACGGGUGCGCCAAAACUCCCAAGCGCAGCUCGUCGUCCACCACGAGCCGAAUCUGACGAGUCACAAAGACCCUACUACGAUUUCCUGCAGUCGGUCACGCCGGCCAGCAACACCGGCCAGCUCGACUGGAUCAACGCUCGCGCGACAGAGCUCAAGACGCUGAAAACUCGCCGCUCUUUUGCCCGCUGGCUCGACAAACAGUACCAGACGCUGCACGGGGACGACCUGCUCGCCUUCUCGGACGUGCUGAGCGACGAGGACACGCCGGAACCGCCGCCGUGCACCGCUCCGCCCGCGGCCCCCAGCGCAACACCAAAACCGGGCACGGGGGUCGGCUACGUAAUCACUGACGUAAUCACGCUGAUGGCGGCGCAGACGGCCGUGGUGGCCUUUGUUGUCGGGCUGUGGUGGUGUGUGUUUGCGGACAGCACGGACGCCGCGUACGUGCGGUCGAUUUUGGCCGUUGUGAAGGCCAUGCUGGCAGACAAGAAAGAGACUAAAUAG